AUCUCUUUGUCUUCCCCAUAAAAUGCAAUUGCUCUUUUUAACACAGUUUCUAAGUUGGGAUUCUCAGAAAGGAUUCUGAGUUUAGAAACUAUUUGGUCGCAUCAGGAGAACUUAUUAACAUUUGUUUCACUAUGGGUUUUUUUCUUUCUUUCUUUUUCCCCCAAAAAUUGUCUUCCUUUAAGUUCCUCGGUUUUUUUCACAUCCAAACACGUCCUUAUAUUAUUUCAUUAAUACCCACCAAGUUUUACUUUUUACGAAUUUGUUAAUAUUUUUUUUCUCGACUAUUUACUGAAAAACGCAAUCUGGGUUCCUAAUUGUGUGAAGUCUCAAUAUUUUCCUAAUUUUCUCUUGAUCCAAACAAAAACCCUUUGAAGGUCAAUUUUCUCAUGGUUUAAUUCUGAUACAGUAGAGAAUAGUUUUUACAUGGGUGUUUCGUUUAAGGUUUCAAAAACCGGUACUAGGUACAAGUCUAAGCAUUGUCUUCAAUCGGAGGCUUCAGUUGAUGUUGUCUCCGAGAAUUCUAAAGAGAGCUCACGGCCUAGAAAGCUCCAGGGUGAUGUUGAAGGCGUUGAGCGUGUUCCUGGGGUGUUUCAAUCAAUUAAUUCUGAUGAAACGGUUCGUGUUCCUUCAGAUCAUGAGAUUUCCUUCACCUUGAAUCUUUACCCAGAUGGCUAUUCUAUUGGAAAGCCCCAAGAGGAGGCUUUGCAUACUGUUCCGGAUGCUCCAAAGCAUCCAUAUGAUAGGUCCUCUGAAACUCUCUUCUCAGCAAUUGAAUCUGGCCGAUUGCCAGGAGAUAUUUUGGAUGAUAUACCUUGCAAAUAUGUUGAUGGAAUGCUUGUAUGUGAGGUGCGUGAUUACCGGAAAGUUGCACCUCAACAAGGACCUAACACCCCACCUAUUGAUGGAUGCCCUAUCAUCAAUAAAGUGUGCCUUAAGAUGUCUUUGGAGAAUGUAGUGAAGGAUAUUCCAUUGAGCUCAGAUAAUUCAUGGACAUAUGGUGAUUUAAUGGAGGCGGAGUCUCGGAUAUUGAAAGCCUUGCAACCACAACUUUGUUUAGAUCCUACCCCCAAACUGGACAGACUCUGUACUAACCCUGUUCCAACUAAGCUUGACCUUGCUUCAUGUAGUUUGCGGCGAAAGAGAUUGAGGCAAACUCCAGAAGUUAGAGUCACCUCUACUAGUAAGUUCAAUGCCAAGAAGGUUGGCAGGUUGAGAGAGGCUGGAAUUGUUUCAGGGAGUUUGAUGCUACAACAGGAAAAUCUGAUUCCUCAAAAUAUUGGUUCAAGCAAUAUUUUGGCAUUAAGGCCUAAAAGUUUUGUGCAAGAUUCCUCUGUUUCUGCACUUCCCAUGUCAUCUCAGUCACCAAUGUAUCCAAUGGGGCUUAUGAAUUCUAGAAGCAUGCAGGAUCAUGGAUCUAGCUCUGUUGUCAGUGCAUCAGCUGCCUCCCCUGUUGGGCAGGACAUGCCAAUGUCAUAUGCAGACAGCAUAAACUCUGGUGCUUCUCUUCUUGGGAAGCGGGAGAAUGCAGACGGUCCAAUGUCACCCCUAUCUGGCCUUAGUAAAAGAACUAGGCUUAAUGCUGUUGGACCAGAUGGCAUUCCACAGCAUCAAGUUGGGACACAUAUGGAUGGCCUGCAUGGACAGGAUAUGAGCUGGAAGAAUAUGUUACUUCCCCAGCAAUCAAUGGCUAGAGGAAUUCAGUAUGCAAAUUCGGGCAUGCAGAAGUAUCCUCAGCAGGUUUUUGAAGGGGUUUUGAAUCAGGAGGCUGGUGCAAUGCCAUUUUCUGCAGGACAGCAAGCAUUGAGAUACAGUGCCAAGGAAGAGCCAUUUGAUCCUACUGACAAGUUGGAUGGCUCUGAGCUCAACCGGGAAGCUGAUGCAAACCAUUUGGACCCACAGCAGAGGCUUCAACCAAGAUCAUUCCAUGGAUUUGCAAGACCUGGUUUCUCUCAAACACCUUGGAACAAUAUUAAUCAGCAUGUUGAGAAAGAUGUGAGAAAGGAAGAACAGUUCCAGAAAAGGAAAUCAGUGCAAAGUCCACGUUUAUCAGGUGGGGCUUUGCCUCAAUCUCCAUUAUCAGCAAAAUCUGGGGAAUUUUUAGGUGGUCCUGUAGGACCUCACUUUGGAGCUGUUGCGGCAACCACUUCCCUUGGAGCGACUGUAAAGGAGAAGGGAGCUGUUAACUCAGUACCUAUUGUUGGAGGUACCCCAUCUUUGACUUCAAGUGCAAAUGACUCUAUGCAACGGCAACACCAGGCUCAAGCUGUUGCUAAGCGAAGAUCUAAUUCCCUCCCUAAGACCCCUGCAAUCAAUACGGUUGGUUCUCCUGCAAGUGUUAGCAAUAUUAGUGUUCCAUUAAACGCAAGCAGUCCUUCUGUUGGAACCCCACCUUCGGUUGAUCAAUCAGUGCUCGAAAGGUUCUCAAAGAUUGAAAUUGUAACUAUGAGGUGUCAACUCAACAGAAAAAAGAACAAGGUUGAUGAGUAUCAUGUCCGGAAACCCAGCACACAUUCUACUGAACUAGUAUCACCCUUUCUAAGCAAUUUUUCCAGUAAUGAGGAUUUCAAAGACGAGUCGAAGCCAUUAUCAAAGUCACUUUUUGGUGGCAGUGUGAAUACCUAUAAGACAAGAAUCUUGAAUUUUGUGCAGGGUGAGCAUGUUGUUCAAGGGAAUCUCGUUUCUCUAGUUCCUAGGGCAAGAACUAGAAUGAUUAUGUCUGAGAAACCAACUGAUGGGACCAUAGCAAUGUUUUAUGGAGACAUAGAUGAUGGUGAUAUUCUUAGUGCAGAGGAUCAUAUUCCUCAUCUUCCUACGCUUCCCAAUACUCACAUGGCGGACUUGCUUGCAGCACAGUUCUGUUCACUGAUGGUGCGUGAAGGACAUCACCUUGUGGAAGAUGAUGUUCAGGCAAAACCAACAGGUGUGCUUGCCUCGAGCAGUCAACCAAAUUCUGCUGUAACAUUUCCCAACAAUUCUGCAUCCGAUAUGCAGCAGUAUGCCGAAAAUGUUGCAGGUCAGGCAACCAAUGAAGUGGCAAAGCAGAAUAGCAGUAACAAUAUGUCUAUAAAUCCAUCUUCGAGUGCUCUAGGAAACACAAGGAUGUUACCUCCUGGAAACCCUCAGGCCUUACAGAUGUCUCAAGGACUUCUGUCUGGGGCUUCAAUGCCUGCAAGGCCAUCGCAACUAGAUCCACAACCACCACAGCAACAGCCACAACAACCGCAACAGCAGCAGCAAAGUCAACAGCACUCCUUGCUUCAACAACAGCAUCAGCAGUUCCAGAGAUCACCAAUGAUGCUUGGAUCAAAUCCUCUCUCACACUUGAAUGCCAUUGGGCAGAAUUCAAACAUGCAGUUCAACAAUCAAAUGGUCAAUAAAUCUUCAGCUCUCCAACUUCAGAUGAUACAACGGCAGCAGCAGCGGCAAUUGCAACAGCAGCAGCAGCAACCACAGCAGCAGCAGCAAAUGCAGAGGAAAAUGAUGGGGCUAAGUGCAGCUGUAGGUAUGGGAAACAUGGUCAGGAUUGGGGGCCUAGGCAAUGCCACUGGAAUCGGAGGUGUGAGGGGAAUGAGUGGAACAGGAAUAUCAGCUCCAAUGACUGGUAUUUCUGGCAUGGGAAAUGUGGGCCAAAAUCCAAUUAAUCUUCCAGGUGCAAAUAUUACCACUGCGAUAACCCAGCAGCUUCGGUCUGGAGCACUAUCGUCUCAAGCUGCUCUGCUUUCAAACUUAAGGAUGGGACGAGGAAACAUGUUAGGCAGUCCUCAAUCAAGCAUAGCUGGAAUGUCUGGUCCCAGACAGAUGCAUCCAGGUUCUGCUAGUCUUUCUAUGCUGGGCCAAAAUCUGAACCAGGGUAACAUGAGUUCGAUGCAAAGAACGCCUAUGGGGUCCAUGGGUCCUCCAAAAAUGAUGCCUGGGAUGAACCACCUUUACAUGAACCAGCAGCAGCAGCAGCAGCAGCAGUUGCAAUUGCAGCAGCAACAACAGCAGCAGUUGCAGUUGCAGCAGCAGCAGCAGCAGCAACAACAACAGCAGCAGUUGCAGUUGCAGCAGCAGUUGCAUCAUCAGCAACAACAGCUGCAACAGCAGCAGCAGCAGCAGCAAUUACAACAACAGCAGCCACAGCAGCAGCAGCAGCAAGAAACAACUUCACCACUACAGGCUGUCAUUUCACCCUCACAGGUAGGCUCACCAUCACCCAUUGGAAUUUCACAAUUGAACCAGCAACCUCAGCAACUGCAGGCCCAGCAACAGGCCAGCCCACAACAAAUGAAUCAAAGGACUCCCAUGAGUCCCCAACUGAGCUCAGGUGCUAUUCAUGCACUAAAUGCUUGUAACCCAGAGGCCUGUCCAGCUAGCCCCCAAUUGAGCUCUCAGACCCUUGGCUCCGUCAGUAGCAUCACAAAUUCUCCUAUGGAGCUAGGUGGGAAUAAAAGCAACUCUGUCGGGAAUACAUAACAUGUUCUCCGCACUAUCAUCUUAUACUAACUCUAGAGCCCCUCUGUUCCAAGCUAUCCCCAGUGGAAGAACCUGUAAAGCUAAUUUUGCAGACAGUUCAGCAUCAGUUGGUGAAAGCAGUUCGGUUAAUUUUUGAUAAGUUUGAAAACCAAUACUUGAGCUGCCUUGGUGCCAAUCCGUUACCAAACGAUUUACAAUGGUGUGCAGUUUCCCCAUAUAAAAUCCUAGAAUUUCCAAGUUUUGGUAUAUGUAUAACUAAGUUUGUACCACUAGAGUAUUUGGCUUAGUUGUUGGUGUGCCUAUUUUCUAUGCGAAGAUGUGUUUGAAAUUGAAUCCCGUCUUCUCAAAAAAGUACAUUUCACAGGUACUAUAAAUUGUAGUUGCACAUUUCAUUUAAAUUCCGACAGUGCUUAGAGUAGCGGUUUUCUCAAUUCCUGAAAUAGAACCAUUCCUUGGAACAGAUGAAUGGCAAGGAAUCUUAUUCAA